UAUAUAUGUACUAUCGAGCUGGAAUACAUACAUAGCAGUACUAGAAAAGAAGCUUCACUUUGAUCAAGAGGACAAAGACGAAGAAAAGGGUCAACUGAAAAUGGAAGCAGUGAAGGGUUGUCAUAAGGAAUUAGAAGCAAAAGCACAAGUAGUUGCAAAUGAUGUUGUCACAGAAACUGAACUAACCAAAAUCCGUCUUGUGAGAGCCUUUGUUGAAACACAAGAUCCAUCUUCUAAGGAGGAAGAUGAUUUGAUGAUUAGAAGAUUCUUACGAGCUCGUGAUUUAGAUGUGGAAAAGGCUUCAGCAAUGUUCCUAAAGUACUUGAAAUGGAGACAUUCAUUUGUUCCAAAUGGUUCCAUAUCUCUAUCACAGGUUCAUAGUCAAAUUGCAGACGACAAGGCCUUCGCCCAAGGACGGGACAAGAUUGGUCGACCUAUACUUAUUGCCUUCGGUGGAAAACAUUAUCAAAAGAAAGAUGGUCUAGAUGAAUUCAAACGUUUUGUAGUUUAUAUUCUUGAUAAACUAUGUGCAAGCAUGCCAGCUGGACAAGAGAAAUUCGUUGGUAUAGCAGAACUCAAGGGAUGGGGUUACUCAAAUAGUGAUGUGCGUGGAUACAUUGGUGCCCUCUCCAUUUUGCAGGAUUACUACCCUGAAAGAUUGGGAAAGUUGUUAAUUCUCCACGCACCAUACAUUUUUAUGAAAGUGUGGAAAAUAAUUUACCCGUUCAUUGACAACAAAACCAAGAAGAAGAUAGUAUUUGUGGAGAACAAUAAGCUAAAAUCAACACUUCUAGAAGACAUAGAUGAAAGUCAACUCCCUGAGAUAUAUGGUGGCAAACUGCAAUUAGUCCCCAUCCAGAAUAUCUAAUUAAACUUAUCAACACCGGGAAAUUAAUGAGACUAUAAGAAAAAAUAAUUCAAAUUUUAUUUUAUUUUUGUUUGCCUUUCUUUGACUAUUUUCUUUUACUCAUAUAU